CAACCCCAUUUUGGUUUCCAGUAGGGACUCCUGGCUCAACUCUUCAGCCACUGAGCAGCAGCUGGUUUCCCUCACUGUAGACCAGCAGUGGCAGCAGGCAGGGUGGUUCUCCUGAUCCCAGGCUCACCUUAGGCUCCACAGGUGGAGUGACCAUCAGAUCACAUGGGGAGCCUUAAUGUAAGGGUUCUGGUCUCUCACCCAAAUACUUGACUUCAUUAGUUCCAGAAUCAAGCCAGAAAUCUCUGCUGAUGGAGGCUGCUUCACAGGUCAGCCCUGUCCACCUCUUUUGACCACAGCCAUGCAGAGGUGUCUCCCCUCAUGCUUAGUAACAGGGCCUUCUUCUGGUCCUCUGUGGGAGCCUCAUCUGCUGAGCCCUCUAGCUCUGGCCUGUCACUGGGUCUCUGGUCAGCCCCACCACUCCCUGACAGCUCGCACCAAAACCAUCUCCUAGUCCCCCAAUCUAGGGACACUGUCAGCCCUGGGUGACAUACACUCUCUCCCCACCUCAGGCUCACUACCCUCCAGGACUCUGACCUCACCCUCAUACCCUCUGCUCUAGGAGAGCUCUUCAGGCCCACUAUAGUAGUCACUGUCUCCGGACUCCUACGCUUACCUGCCCUCACCCCAAAAUUCCCACACUGGGUCCUGUGCAACACCAUCCUUUGCCAGCCAACCCUUGGAAGCCACUCCUUCCUCAGACACACCCACCUCCAACUCAACAAGGGGCCAAUCAAAUCCUGGCCAGCCACUGCCUAGCAACCUUUACAAUGCCCACUUCCCUCCAUCAUGUGGGCAAGUAUCUCUUACGGCUGCAAUUACUGCACUGGCUUCCUAACAGGAAGCCUCCUGUAGCCCUAGUUAUAUUCAGUGAUGGCCACUAGACUAAAUACUGGAAGGCAGAGAGCUGAGUCCUGUUCUGCCACACAGUAUGCGGUGCCUGACUCCAUACCUCGUCAGUAAACAGCUCUUGAAAGACAACAGGGUGGAUACAGGGAGCUCUCUGGCGUGGGGACGAAGUUCUGUGUAACAGGCACUGUUAUGGAGGAGCUGCCUUUGUUCAUCUUGAUAAAGGAAGGCAGACAACUGUGGGCUGUUCUGGCACACAUACCCGCACCACCACCCCCACCGCCCACCAGAAGCUGGCAGUCACUAAUCCUGAGAGCGCCUGGUGCAACCAAUGAGAAAUGGAGGGUCAAACCCCCGGACUGCUCCCCGCUAUUGGUCGGAGGCCUCGGAGACGUCUGCCAGCUCCACUCAAGCCCGGACCACCCGCCCGAAAGACGCAAGGAGAGCUGCCUCCCGCCCCCGCCCCGCGGGCCUUCGCGGCAAGGGGCAUCUCGCCUGGCUCCGCUUACCAGGGGCUGCCCUCGGGCCCCUUCUGCCUCCCUCGGCACCCGCUUGACCCCUAGGAAGCCUGGGGCUGCGGUGGGAACUUCGCGAGCUCCCGGGUCUCUGCGCGGAUCCUAUGGGCACGCCCGAACGGUUAGACCCGGAAAGUCGCCGGGAGCCGGCCCCUGCGACUACUUCCGGGUCGGGAUCGAGACGACGGUCUCGCCAGGGCGCCUCAGGGCCUACUGGGUAACGAGCCCGUUUCCCCACCCGCGCUGAGUUGCGUCUUCGGUAUCGCCGCUGACGGACAGGCAUCAGAGCCAAUCGGGACAAGGGAACCCCGAGCCGCGCGCCAGUCGAACCAAUGGCACGCGGCGGGGCGGGGCGGUCGCGGUCGUA